AUGCUUAUGUUCAUCGUGGCGAACCUGGUGGGCAGCACCAUUCAGAUCACAACCCUGCCGCUACCAGUUCUCUCAACACUGCAGGCAUCUGGACUCGUGUUCAAUUCCAUAUGCGCCUCCAUAAUCCUGAGCGAACCUUUCACUCGCUACUCCCUUGCCGGUACCGUUCUAGUGGCAGCUGGCGCAGGACUUAUUGGAACGUUUGGUGCCAUUCCGGAACCUUCCCACAAUCUUGACCAGCUCCUCCGACUUCUUAGGCGUUAUCAAUUCAUAAUAUGGAUGAUCGGGACUUUGGUCGGCGUCUUGCUCCUCCUGGUUGCUAACUGGAUCCUCAAACGCUUACAUCCACGCGGGACGCCUCGACUCCGACUUAUUCGAGGAAUGGUGUUUGGCUCCAUUAGCGGCAUCCUCUCCGCCCAUUCGCUGCUCAUCGCCAAGAGCGCAGUGGAACUCCUGGUACGCACCAUCAUAGACCGGCAUAAUGAGUUCAAGAGGUGGCAGUCCUGGAUGAUCCUUAUUGGUCUCGUUGUUUUUGCCUUGACCCAGCUUUAUUACAUGCACCGCGGCCUGAAGCUGUGCAGUACCAGCGUUUUAUAUCCACUGGUGUUUUGCGUCUACAACAUCAUCGCGAUAAUCGACGGUCUCAUCUACUUCCAUCAGUCAUCCAGACUAUCAAACUUGCAGGCUGGCCUGAUAGCUCUUGGAACCAUAAUUCUCCUUGCUGGAGUCGUCUCGCUCAGCUGGCGGCUCGAAGAACAUGAAGAGGAACCUACUACCCCUCUGGCACACAAACGCUUUGGCGUGCCUCCUCCACAGAAUGUCCUGACGCCUGGCAUGGCUUUGGUACAUGGCACGAUGGACGAAGAAUUCGAAUCACCAAUCGAUAUAGAAGAUCUAGAACCCGGGAUGCACGGCGCAUUGACCGACCGGCGGCAGCGCCAGGCUGCCGAUGAGCGGACCCCGCUACUCGCCCGCGCUCCUACAGGCCCUGCUGUUGUGGUCUCACGACGCAAGAGGAAACACCCUGUCAUCGACACAGGUGGGCAUCUCAGUCCCCGAGCUACGCUCUCCCCGGGCCGACCACCGAGACAGCGGCGCAUGACCAUUGCGCAAGGCACGGACGAGAUAUGGGAUGCGCUCAAUGAUCGAGAGCAUUUGUCCCCAGGAAUCCCAUCCCCGGGCACGGAUCGCAAACCGCGAUCCGGGACACUCCCGCCACGGAGAAUCGGCUCGUCAUCUAGCUGGCUCCAACAGAUGCGCAGACGCUCUUGGUGGGAAUCCACAGGCGGUGGCAAGCAAAGGAACACAGGUCUACCACAUGCCGAGCGAAACGGGCAAAGCAAUGACAAUGGCCACCAAACUCCCGAACCUGAUGAUACUCAGUCCGACACAGACGUAGAAUCAGGUCCUAUGUUAGGCAGAACGCGCAAUAGUCGGAAUAGAGGGAGUACUGACUACGUGGAGAACCAAGGGUCUAGUGGGGAUUGGUUCAAGCUGAGGUGGUGGCGGAAGAGGUGGAAGGAUAGAGAGGGAGAUGAAGACGAACAUGAUCAUGACGCUACCAUUUGA